ACUCAGUGUGGUAUACAGGGCUAGUGUAGUGCUGGGUGUGGAGCGGUCAGUGUGCUGUGUACUCAGUGUGGUAUACAGGGCUAGUGUAGUGCUGAGUGUGGAGCGGUCAGUGUGCUGUGGACUCAGUGUUGUUUUACUAGUGAGGAUGUUGCUGACUUUCUAUCUUCUCUUCAUUGGGCUUCAUGUCUCUGAAGGCUGUGAUCUGGUGAACAGAGAACAACUGCUGGAUAUCACAGCUCAUACAGGAGGGUCAGUACUGCUGCCCUGCUACUGCACUGACCUACACACCACACCUGAGGAAUUCAGCUGGAAGAAAGACAACACAAAAACAAACAGACAGGAAGAGAUAUCCAGUGAGAGUGGUCAGUACAGAGACAGAGUUCAGCUGUUUAAUGGUCACUCUCCAGGAAAUCUCUCUCUACUCAUAUCACACCUGACUGAAGAGGAUGGAGGCAUUUACUGGUGUGAUGUUAGGGAUUCUUUCAUAACCAUCAGACUCUUUUUAAAAGAGGGUCCACCUAUAACUACAGCAUCUACUGAAGUGAUCAAUGUGCACACCAGUCCAGCCGCUUCAACCCCACAGACCCCUCAAACAUCUGAUGAAUGUCCAAAGUCUCUACCCUACAUUCCCUUCGCUGUGAUCACUGUGAUCGUUCUCCACAUUAUUGUAGCUGUGGUCUACCUGAUAACCACGACCAAAGAUCCUGCCAGGGGUCACUACAGCACUGCGGAUGGAGAUGGAGUGGUCAGUCUGGAGUAGGGCAGUUCUGCAACACUGGCAUGAGUUCACAACCUGGCAGCUAAAACAUCUUAAAAUAACAAGUGCAAAUGUUUACAUUUUCUCAUUUUACUUCCUCUCUGUUUUGAAACUGUUAUCUGUUUAAGUUGUACUGUUAACCAUCACUUUGUCAUUAUAUUCAUAAAUGACAAUAUAUUGUAUAAUAUAAUUGUAUGAUAAUAUGUAUAUCAUACAAGAAUACAUAAGCACCCUACACUGAAAAUAAAAAGAAUAAGACUGGCAUGAAAAGGCCAUUAAACACUUCUCAGCUUCAGCAGUGUUGGCUUCUGGAAAUGAAGCACCACAAACGAGAAAACAGCUACCUUACUCACAGCCCAGGAGCCAAGAAGGGGCUUCUUUGCUGAGUGGACAUGGGGUCAAAUAAAGAGGUCUGCAGUGUUUGUGUCUGUAGGAUUAUAGAUAGUGUCACAUGCAACUACUAAGACUUAAAUAUGUCAAGGCAAAUAUUA